CUCCGGGAGCUGCCUGAGCCACUGCUGACCACAGGCUUACAUCAGGGGUUUCUUGAAGCUGCUAAGAUCGAGAACGACCGACUUCGGCACAUACGGUUACACGAGCGCGUCAACGAGUUGCCUGAUGCGAAUUAUGCGACGUUGAAGUACUUUCUAGGGCAUUUACACCGGGUAGCGCAGCUUGAGGCACAUAAUUCCAUGUCCAUUUCAAAUCUCGCGAUCGUGUUUGGGCCAACACUGUUUGCUCAAGGCGCAGUCAACGGCUCAAACGGUGCACCGAUCAUGGUCGAUGCUGGAUUGCAAAAUAAGGCCGUCGAGACGAUCUUGGAUCAUUAUACCGAUAUUUUCAUUGACGAAGGCGAAACAUUAUGAAUCGUGUCUAUCCCGCUCGCAUCUCAGGGCCCAGGUUACACGAUGAUUCCACCAGCAACUACUUGCUAUCACGGCAGCAGCUACUCACGAUCACCCCGAGGCUCAAUAUGGCUAUCUUGUAAUAUAUAUACCCCUCGUGUCCGCGGGCGCUUUAAACUUUUCAACCCCAUCUUUUCUGGAUUACCAUUAUUCUACUAUCCUUUCACACCCCAAUCCAUCCAUCUAUUUCACCCCAUCCACGAUCCACCUCUGUCCCUCUUUCCGAGUAUGUGUAGUCUAUUCUAUGAUUCGGACAUCUUUGGCAUCGAUACUUUAUUCUGUUCGCGCGUCCCCCGCGGGUCCCCAUGAUGUAUUCUCGUCGACAUGUUUUUCUUUUCUUUUAUCUUAAACUUGUAAUUGUGCAAUUGGGUAUGGUGUCGCGUCUAUCAAUAUCCAUGCACAGCG